AUGGGUUCUAUUCCGGAGGCUGCCCCUGUCGUCAGGGUCUUUAUUGCUGGCGGCUCUUACGCUGGCCUCUCUGCGGCUGUCAAUCUGCUUGAUUUGGGCGAUGGACUUUCACCGCGUAUGGCACAUGAGCAGUAUACACACCAUCCUAGUGUGCCCAAGGUGAAUUUCCAAAUCACCAUUGCUGAUGAGAGAGAUGGAUAUUAUCACUUGAUUGGCUCGCCACUGGCUCUGGCUGAUACGGAAUACGCAAAGAAAGCCUGGGUCAAGUUCCAAGACAUCCCUGGUCUGCAACUGCCCAACGUCCGAUUCGUCCAGGGCUCAGUGUCGAACGUUGAUUGCGAUGCCAAGACUGCAACUGUUGUCGACAGCACCACCAAAGAAUCUGUCACUCACCAGUACGACUACUUCGUCACUGCUACUGGCCUGAGGAGGGUGUGGCCUGUUGUGCCCCAGUCUUUGACCCGGAAACAAUAUCUUCUUGAAGUCGAGACGCAAAUCAAUGCUCUGGAUGGGGCUAAAGAUGGAGUUGUUAUUGUCGGAGGUGGUGCUGUUGGCAUUGAGAUGGCUGCCGAGCUGAAGCAUGUGAAGCCUCAUCUCAAAGUCACAUUGGUGCACUCACGAGACAAGCUUAUGUCAUCCGAGCCGCUGCCAGACGAAUGCAAGGACAAGGCAUUGGAUAUGGUCAAGGAAUCUGGCGUCGACGUGUUGAUGAGCCACCGCUUGGCUAGCUCUACCAAGGUCGAUUCCUCAGAUGGCUCGUCGAAAUACGAAGUCGAGUUUACGAAUGGACAUAAGAUGACGGCCAGCGUAGUCAUCAUGGCUCUGUCCAACAGCAUCUCGACGGCUUCAUAUCUCCCUUCGUCGGCCACUGAUCCCGAAGGACUCGUCAAGAUUGUUCCCAACAUGAGCUUCGAGCCCAGCACCCCCAAUGCCGCAUCGCACUUCUGCGCCGGCGACGUGGCCAAAUGGUCAGGCAUCAAGCGUUGCGGCGCCGCCAUGCACGGCGGCCACUACGUUGCUUAUAACAUUCACCAGAGUGUGCUGCAGCAUACUGCGCAACACAAGCCCAAGUUCCAGGAGUUGCAGGAGAUUCCGCCCAUGAUCGGCUUGGCGGUGGGCAAGAAUGCUGUUGCAUAUGGACCGGAUGUCGGCGUUGUUUCGGGUCCUGAGGUUAUGCAGGCGUAUUUCAGGGAUGAUUUGGGCUGGGGAAUUUGCUGGGACUACAUGCAGCUUGGCAGCCGGAAGGAGGAUGUCAAGACACAGGAAACAAGCUCUUCAUAA